GCCGCCCCACCUGGUCCAAAAAUUCCCCCGAGGGGACCGGAGGGCUUUGCGGGCGGCCGCUCCGGCGCGGCGGCGGGGCGCAGAGCGGGGAGGAGGCGCGGGGACGGCGGAGAAGGAGCAAAGGCGCUGGAGAGAAAACUUCGGAGAGGAACAGGAAGCCUGCCGGGAGGCGGCGGCUGCGGCUCUCGCGCGCCGGGCUGCACGCUCGCCGCGCGGCUCCGGACCGGCUGCCCCGUGCCCUCAGCGCCGCAGGGGUGCGCUCCGCUCCGCCGGGCGCGGCGGCUCCGGGAGCGGGCGGCGGGGGCGCAGGGAAGCGGAGGGACGCCCACCGCGGAGCAUGAGGCAGCAUGUCUGAUAAAAUGUCCAGCUUCCUCUACAUAGGGGACAUCGUGUCCCUGUACGCGGAGGGCUCGGUCAACGGCUUCAUCAGCACCCUGGGGUUAGUGGAUGACAGAUGUGUAGUGCACCCAGAGGCAGGAGACCUUGCCAACCCUCCAAAGAAGUUCAGAGACUGCCUCUUUAAGGUAUGCCCCAUGAACCGAUAUUCUGCCCAGAAACAGUAUUGGAAGGCUAAGCAAGCCAAACAAGGGAACCACACAGAGGCAGCCCUGCUCAAGAAAUUACAGCAUGCUGCAGAACUGGAACAAAAACAAAAUGAAUCAGAGAAUAAGAAACUGUUGGGAGAAAUUGUGAAAUACAGUAAUGUUAUACAACUCCUGCAUAUAAAAAGCAACAAGUAUCUGACUGUCAACAAGAGAUUACCCGCUUUACUGGAGAAGAAUGCCAUGCGUGUGUCCCUGGACGCUGCAGGAAAUGAGGGGUCUUGGUUUUAUAUUCAUCCCUUCUGGAAGCUGAGAAGUGAGGGUGACAAUAUUGUUGUAGGUGAUAAAGUUGUUUUGAUGCCCGUGAAUGCAGGACAGCCUCUACAUGCCAGCAACAUAGAACUUCUUGAUAAUCCAGGGUGUAAAGAGGUGAAUGCUGUUAAUUGCAACACUAGCUGGAAAAUCACUUUAUUCAUGAAAUAUAGUUCCUAUCGAGAGGAUGUACUAAAAGGAGGUGAUGUUGUUAGACUGUUUCAUGCGGAACAAGAGAAGUUUCUGACAUGUGACGAGUAUGAGAAAAAACAGCAUAUUUUCCUUCGUACAACCUUGCGUCAGUCAGCCACUUCUGCUACUAGUUCUAAAGCACUCUGGGAAAUAGAGGUGGUUCAUCACGACCCAUGCCGUGGGGGUGCAGGUCAGUGGAACAGCUUGUUCAGAUUUAAACAUCUUGCAACUGGGAACUAUUUAGCAGCAGAGCUUAAUCCUGAUUAUCGAGAUGCCCAAAAUGAAGGGAAAAACGUGAGAGAUGGAGAUAUUCCAACUUCCAAGAAGAAACGCCAGGCAGGGGAGAAGAUCAUGUACACUUUGGUGUCAGUCCCACAUGGAAAUGACAUUGCGUCCCUUUUUGAACUGGAUGCUACAACUCUUCAGAGAGCUGACUGCCUGGUUCCAAGGAACUCAUAUGUUCGGUUGAGGCAUUUAUGCACCAAUACAUGGGUAACCAGUACCAGCAUCCCCAUAGACACCGACGAAGAGAGGCCUGUUAUGUUGAAGAUUGGAACUUGCCAAACAAAAGAAGAUAAAGAAGCAUUUGCCAUUGUGUCUGUCCCGCUGUCUGAGGUCCGAGACUUAGACUUUGCCAAUGAUGCAAAUAAAGUGCUGGCGACCACAGUUAAAAAGCUGGAAAAUGGCACAAUAACUCAGAAUGAAAGGAGGUUUGUAACCAAAUUGUUGGAAGACCUCAUCUUCUUCGUUGCCGAUGUACUUAAUAAUGGACAGGAAGUUCUGGAUGUGGUUAUCACCAGGCCAAACCGAGAACGUCAGAAAUUAAUGAGGGAACAAAACAUAUUGGCCCAGGUUUUUGGGAUUCUUAAAGCACCCUUUAAGGAGAAAGCAGGAGAAGGCUCAAUGCUGAGACUUGAAGAUCUGGGGGAUCAAAGAUAUGCCCCCUACAAGUACAUGCUGAGGCUCUGCUACCGGGUGCUGAGACACUCACAGCAGGACUACCGGAAAAACCAGGAAUAUAUUGCUAAGAAUUUCUGUGUCAUGCAGUCCCAGAUCGGCUAUGAUAUUUUGGCAGAAGAUACCAUCACAGCUUUGUUGCACAACAACAGAAAACUACUAGAGAAACAUAUCACAGCAAAAGAAAUAGAAACAUUUGUCAGUUUGCUGAGGAGAAAUCGUGAGCCAAGGUUUUUGGAUUAUUUAUCAGAUCUGUGUGUGUCUAAUACCACCGCUAUACCUGUAACGCAGGAACUCAUCUGUAAAUUUAUGUUGAGCCCUGGCAAUGCAGACAUUCUCAUUCAAACUAAGCUGGUCUCAAUGCAAGUGGACAACCCCAUGGAGAGUGCCAUCCUUUCUGACGACAUUGAUGAUGAAGAGGUCUGGCUCUACUGGAUCGAUAGCAACAAGGAACCUCACGGCAAAGCCAUCAGGCACCUGGCUCAGGAAGCCAAAGAAGGGACCAAGGCUGAUUUAGAAGUUCUUACCUAUUACAGGUAUCAGCUAAACCUCUUUGCAAGGAUGUGCUUGGAUCGCCAGUAUUUGGCCAUAAACCAGAUUUCAACACAGCUCUCUGUCGAUUUGAUCCUGCGGUGUGUGUCAGAUGAGAGCCUGCCAUUUGACCUCCGAGCAUCAUUUUGCCGCCUUAUGCUCCAUAUGCACGUUGAUCGGGACCCCCAGGAGUCCGUGGUGCCGGUUCGCUAUGCCAGGCUCUGGACAGAAAUCCCCACAAAGAUCACAAUUCAUGAGUAUGAUUCUAUAACAGACUGUUCCAGAAAUGAUAUGAAGAGGAAAUUUGCCCUGACGAUGGAAUUUGUUGAGGAAUACCUAAAAGAAGUUGUAAAUCAGCCCUUUCCUUUUGGAGAUAAAGAAAAAAACAAACUGACAUUUGAGGUGGUCCACUUGGCUCGCAAUCUUACAUAUUUUGGAUUUUAUAGUUUCAGUGAAUUAUUAAGGCUAACAAGAACACUUCUGGCUAUCCUAGAUAUUGUACAAACCCCCAUGUCAUCGUAUUUUGAAAGAUUAAGUAAAUUUCAAGAUGGAGGAAACAAUGUCAUGAGGACCAUCCAUGGCGUGGGGGAGAUGAUGACCCAGAUGGUGCUCAGCAGAGGCUCCAUCUUCCCCAUGAGUGUGCCUGACGUGCAGCCCAGCGCCCAUCCCAGCAAGCACAGCAGCUCUGCCGAGCACGAGGACGUGACCGUGAUGGACACCAAACUGAAGAUUAUCGAGAUUUUGCAGUUUAUCCUGAGUGUCAGACUAGAUUAUAGGAUCUCAUAUAUGCUGUCAAUAUAUAAGAAGGAAUUUGGAGAGAACAAUGAAAACGCUGAAACGUCUGCCAGCGGCUCUCCGGAUUCAUUAAUGCCGUCAGCCAUUGUUCCUGAUAUAGAUGAAAUUGCAGCACAGGCAGAAACUAUGUUUGCUGGAAGGAAGGAAAAAAACCCGGUCCAGCUGGAUGAUGAAGGCGGCAGGACGUCUCUGCGAGUCCUCAUCCAUCUGAUCAUGCACGAUUACCCGCCUCUGCUGUCGGGGGCCCUGCAGCUGCUCUUCAAGCACUUCAGCCAGAGGGCCGAGGUCUUACAGGCCUUUAAGCAGGUGCAGUUGCUGGUGUCCAAUCAGGAUGUAGAUAACUACAAGCAAAUCAAGGCAGAUCUAGACCAGCUUCGGCUAACUGUAGAAAAAUCUGAGUUAUGGGUGGAGAAAAGCAGCAGCUAUGAGAACGGAGAAAUGGGUGAAAAUCAAGUAAAAGGUGGUGAAGAGCCAAUUGAGGAGUCCAGCAUUUUAAGCCCAGUUCAGGAUGGAACUAAGACACCUCAGAUUGACAGCAAUAAGAGCAAUAACUACCUGAUUGUAAAGGAGAUUUUACUCAGGCUAAGUAAACUCUGUGUACAGAAUAAAAAGUGUCGGAGUCAACAUCAAAGAUUACUAAAAAACAUGGGAGCUCAUUCAGUGGUGUUGGACCUUCUGCAGAUACCCUAUGAGAAGAACGAUGCAAAGAUGAGUGAAGUAAUGAAUCUGGCCCAUACGUUCCUGCAGAAUUUCUGUCGGGGAAAUCCACAGAAUCAGGCUCUCCUUCAUAAACAUCUGAAUUUGUUUUUAACUCCUGGUCUCCUCGAAGCAGAAACCAUGCGGCACAUCUUCAUGAACAAUUACCAUCUAUGCAAUGAAAUUAGCGAGAGAGUCGUGCAGCAUUUUGUGCACUGCAUUGAGACGCAUGGCCGCCACGUGGAGUACCUGAGGUUUCUGCAAACGAUUGUAAAAGCAGAUGGUAAAUAUGUGAAGAAAUGCCAGGAUAUGGUAAUGACAGAGUUGAUAAAUGGGGGUGAAGAUGUGCUGAUAUUUUACAAUGAUAGAGCGUCAUUUCCCAUCCUUCUCCAUAUGAUGUGUUCAGAGAGAGACCGAGGGGAUGAGAGUGGCCCCUUGGCCUACCACAUCACCCUUGUGGAGUUGCUGGCAGCGUGCACGGAGGGGAAGAAUGUCUACACCGAAAUCAAGUGCAACUCCCUUCUGCCCCUGGACGACAUAGCGAGGGUGGUGACUCAUGACGACUGCAUCCCUGAGGUUAAAAUUGCUUAUGUGAAUUUUGUUAAUCACUGUUACGUGGACACUGAAGUGGAAAUGAAAGAAAUCUACACAAGUAACCACAUUUGGAAAUUAUUUGAGAACUUCUUGGUGGAUAUGGCAAGGGUUUGCAAUACGACCACAGACAGGAAACACGCGGACACCUUCUUGGAGAAGUGUGUCACCGAGUCCAUCAUGAACAUCGUGAGCGGCUUCUUUAAUUCUCCUUUUUCAGACAACAGUACCAGCCUCCAGACCCAUCAGCCCGUUUUCAUUCAGCUGCUGCAGUCCGCCUUCAGAAUUUAUAAUUGCACCUGGCCAAAUCCGGCACAGAAAUCCUCGGUGGAGUCCUGUAUCCGAACUUUGGCUGAAGUGGCAAAGAAUCGGGGAAUCGCCAUUCCAGUGGAUUUAGACAGCCAAGUCAAUACUCUUUUCAUGAAGAGCCACUCAAACAUGGUGCAGAGAGCAGCCAUGGGCUGGAGGCUGUCAGCGCGCUCGGGACCACGCUUUAAGGAAGCUCUUGGAGGGCCUGCUUGGGAUUAUAGAAAUAUUAUUGAAAAGUUACAGGAUGUCGUGGCCUCCUUGGAGCAACAGUUCAGCCCCAUGAUGCAGGCUGAGUUCUCAGUGCUGGUCGACGUGUUGUACAGUCCAGAGCUACUGUUCCCCGAGGGGAGCGAUGCAAGAAUAAGAUGUGGCGCUUUCAUGUCCAAGUUGAUAAAUCAUACAAAGAAACUAAUGGAGAAAGAAGAAAAGCUGUGCAUUAAAAUUCUUCAGACUUUACGAGAAAUGCUAGAGAAGAAAGACAGCUUUGUGGAAGAGGGUACCACAUUAAGAAAAAUACUCUUGAAUCGGUACUUUAAAGGUGAUUAUGGAGUUGGCAUGAGUGGACCCCUCUCUGGAACCUACUGCAAAUCUGCACAAGGGGGAGGAAGCUUUUCUGGACAAGAUUCCGAUAAGGUGGGGACACCAGUGUCAGAUAUUCAGUGCCUGCUGGAUAAAGAAGGUGCGUCCGAACUUGUCAUCGAUGUCAUCGUGAGCACCAAGAAUGACAGAAUCUUUUCAGAAGGCAUUUUACUUGGCAUUGCCCUGCUCGAAGGAGGAAAUACACAGACUCAGUAUUCUUUCUACCAGCAGUUGCAUGAACAAAAAAAGUCAGAGAAAUUCUUCAAAGUUCUGUAUGACCGAAUGAAGGCUGCUCAGAAAGAGAUAAGAUCAACAGUGACAGUGAACACCAUAGACUUAGGAAACAAGAAAAGGGAUGAUGACAAUGAUUUGAUGCCCUCUGGCCCACGAUUGAGAGUAAGAGAUUCACCAUUACAUUUAAAAGAGGGAAUGAAAGGACAGUUGACGGAAGCUUCUUCGGCCACAUCCAAAGCAUACUGUGUGUACAGAAGAGAAAUGGACCCCGAAAUAGACACUAUGUGUACAGGAUCAGAGCUAGGAAACGCCGAGGAAAAGUCUGCAGAGGAAGUGACCAUGAGUCCUGCCAUCGGCAUCAUGCAGCCCAUCCUGAGAUUCCUUCAGCUACUGUGUGAGAAUCACAACCGAGAACUGCAGAACUUUUUGAGGAAUCAAAACAACAAAACAAAUUACAACCUUGUUUGUGAGACCCUUCAAUUUUUGGACUGCAUUUGUGGAAGUACAACGGGUGGCCUGGGCCUGUUGGGCCUCUACAUCAAUGAAAAGAAUGUAGUGCUGGUCAACCAGACUCUGGAAAGCUUGACCGAGUAUUGCCAGGGCCCAUGCCAUGAAAAUCAGACUUGUAUUGCUACUCAUGAAUCUAAUGGGAUUGAUAUCAUCAUUGCUUUGAUUCUAAAUGACAUAAACCCCCUUGGUAAAUAUCGAAUGGAUUUGGUUCUCCAGCUAAAGAACAAUGCCUCCAAGCUCCUGCUGGCCAUUAUGGAAAGCAGACAUGACAGCGAAAAUGCAGAAAGAAUUCUUUUUAACAUGAGACCCAGGGAACUGGUGGAUGUGAUGAAGAACGCCUAUAACCAAGGGUUGGAAUGCAGUCAUGGGGAUGAUGAGGGUGGAGAUGAUGGUGUUUCCCCAAAAGACGUUGGACAUAAUAUCUAUAUUCUGGCCCAUCAGUUGGCCCGUCACAACAAACUGUUACAGCAGAUGCUCAAACCCGGAUCGGAUCCAGAUGAUGGAGAUGAAGCCUUAAGGUAUUAUGCUAACCAUACUGCACAAAUCGAGAUUGUUCGGCAUGACAGAACUAUGGAGCAAAUAGUUUUUCCUGUCCCCAAUAUAUGUGAAUAUCUUACUCGAGAAUCCAAGUGCCGUGUGUUCAAUACAACUGAAAGGGACGAGCAAGGAAGCAAAGUAAAUGACUUUUUCCAGCAAACAGAAGAUCUCUACAAUGAAAUGAAGUGGCAAAAGAAAAUCAGGAAUAACCCCACGCUCUUCUGGUUCUCGCGGCACAUCUCUCUCUGGGGGAGUAUUUCCUUCAACUUGGCCGUGUUCAUCAAUCUAGCUGUUGCUCUUUUCUACCCGUUUGGGGAUGAUGGAGAUGAAGGUACACUUUCUCCACUGUUCUCAGUUCUCCUUUGGAUAACAGUUGCAAUUUGUACAUCUGUGCUGUUUUUCUUCUCCAAGCCUGUGGGUAUUCGGCCAUUUCUUGUGUCAGUAAUGCUCAGAUCAAUAUAUACAAUAGGUCUUGGGCCUACAUUAAUACUUCUUGGUGCAGCUAAUCUUUGUAAUAAAAUCGUAUUUCUGGUGAGUUUUGUCGGAAAUCGUGGCACAUUCACCCGAGGCUACCGAGCGGUCAUCCUGGAUAUGGCCUUUCUCUACCACGUAACGUAUGUCCUGGUGUGCAUGCUGGGUCUUUUUGUCCAUGAAUUCUUCUACAGCUUCCUGCUUUUUGAUUUGGUGUACAGAGAAGAGACUCUGCUCAAUGUCAUAAAAAGUGUCACACGGAACGGCCGCUCCAUUAUUCUAACUGCCGUCCUCGCCCUCAUCCUCGUCUACCUGUUUUCCAUUAUUGGGUUCCUUUUUCUGAAGGAUGACUUCACCAUGGAAGUGGAUAGGCUGAAAAACAGGACUCCUGUCACAGGUAGUCAUGAAGUUCCUACAAUGACUUUAACCUCAAUGAUGGGAACCUGUGAAAAGGACAGUUGCCCACCCACCAUCCCAGCUUCAAACGCAGCUGAGGAAGAGUAUGAAGAUGGAAUCGAAAGGACGUGUGACACCCUCCUUCUGUGCAUAGUCACUGUCCUGAACCAAGGCCUCAGGAACGGCGGCGGUGUGGGGGACGUGCUGAGGAGGCCAUCGAAGGAUGAGCCCUUGUUUGCUGCCCGAGUGGUAUAUGAUCUCCUUUUCUAUUUCAUCGUUAUCAUUAUCGUUCUUAACCUGAUUUUUGGUGUUAUCAUUGAUACUUUUGCUGAUCUCAGAAGUGAAAAACAGAAAAAAGAAGAGAUUCUGAAGACAACCUGCUUCAUCUGCGGACUUGAGAGGGACAAGUUUGAUAAUAAAACUGUUUCGUUUGAAGAGCACAUCAAGUCAGAACACAAUAUGUGGCAUUAUUUGUACUUCCUAGUCCUUGUGAAGGUGAAAGACCCAACUGAAUACACUGGACCCGAAAGCUAUGUGGCUCAAAUGAUCAUGGAGAAGAAUUUGGACUGGUUUCCUCGGAUGCGAGCCAUGUCCCUCGUUAGCAAUGAAGGUGACAGUGAGCAAAAUGAGAUUCGGAACCUGCAGGAGAAGCUGGAGUCGACCAUGAGCCUGGUCAAACAGCUGUCGGGUCAGCUGGCGGAGCUCAAGGAGCAGAUGACAGAACAAAGGAAGAAUAAGCAGAGACUGGGCUUUCUCGGAUCAAACACACCCCAUGUGAAUCAUCACAUGCCACCACACUGAUAGCAUGGGGGGAAGCCGUGACUAGCCUUUCAUCAGUGUCCUGCCUGAUCACUGAAUAAAGAACUGAGACGGAGGGGAGUGAACAGUGCCUAUUGUUGAAACGUUAAAAACAACCAAGUGCCAAGAUGUUGAGUGGUUUAGCUCCGAGAACAAUUUAUAACUGUGUUUCCAUGGUCAAGAAGACCAAACUUAAAAGCCAGAAAGUGCCUAUCGCGCAUUCUCAAUGCAACAAACAGGAAGUUGCCGGCUCAAAUGGACAGAGAAGGUAGGGAGAGGCCCAGUGGAAGGAGACGCAGCACCGGGAGAAAUAGCUUCUGCUAAAUCGCCAAGAGUCCGUCUUGUCUUAAAUGCUGACUGCAACCAUUGUCAUGGCUGGCUGGGGUUUCUUUCUUUUAAUUAUGCCCUAUAGGUCAGCGACACAGGAAGGCACACUGGGGUGGCUGCAUUUUACUAAAGAAAGUAGCUGAAAAGAUUGGAAAUGUGAGCUUCAGAGGAAAAUAUUAAUGCUUCCAAAGCGUGGCUGUCACAGCGCUGUCUCCUCAUUUAUAAAGGCAGCACAAUGGAUUCACAGCUCUAGGAACUUAGGGCUUGGAGCUUACGCCCCUCCCGCUGAUAAACAGAACUGGGCUGUGAUUGCUUCUGAAGGGCUCUGACCGUACGGAGCAUGAAAGGGGAUUUUCAUAUAACUUGUUACAAACAUGUUUUCAGCCCUGGCUAGGCUAGGAUUUUAAAAGAUUUGGGGAAGAGAAAGCUGACAGUAAGUCCCAAGGAAGAAGUUUUUAAGGACAUAUGUAUGCUAUUAAAAUAUAUUGAGGUGAAUAAAUGAAAAUGCUUAAAGGCGACAGGAAAUAUUGAGAAACUUAGGAUGGUGGCAUUGGCUUUUAUAAAUAUGGAGUAGAAGGUAUUUGAUUCAUGUUUGCUGUGCUUAAGGAACUGAGUGAUUUUAUUUAUCAUAUUCCUGUGGUUAGGGGGGAAAAAUCCAAGAAAUUUAUUGAAUACUAGGGACAACACAGCAUUUCAGUUGCAUAUUUUAAACUGUAUUCAAUAAGAGCAUUUUUGGAAUGUAGAAAGAUAAUAAUCUCUUCCUUAAAUUGUUUUUGUGUUAAAUUAUGCAACCAGAAUUUGUGGAGGGAGAAAAUAACCUGCUACGCUCAUAUUAUUCUUAGCGACUGUACAUUCAGAAUGUUAAAGCAAAAUACGGACAAUGAAAGAACUGCUGCGUGGCAGGGGAGCGAGGCAGACACCAGAUGCUUUGCAAGUUGACCUCCUGACCCCUGACCCCUCCAAGAACAAGAAAUUCCCUUCAGAGUCUUAAAGUAAUUGCCACCAAGGUUUAAGGUCCGGAUAGGAUUUUCUGGGACCACCUUUAAAGAGUUUGGAUUGUUUUAAGAUAGCUUAAGGUCUUGGCUCCUAAAAUUCUCAAAUCAUGGCCUAGGUAGAUGAUGAAGGAUUCUUGAACCAAAUCUUCAACUGCACAAUGUUAACAGGUGGAGUUGGAGAGAAGCUAUUAAAACCCAGAGCAACGAAUUCUUGAAAUGAAUCCACUGGCACCUCCCCUCACCCUACCCUCUGCCCCAGUGCCUCCCCAAGUUACGAACUCCUCUCUCUAAUGUAAUGGUAUUUUUCCUGAGCAGUCACUGGAGGACCAUGAUCCAAAGAUACUAAGAUACUGGAAUAUACGUCUGCAUGCAGCAUAGAACUUUGAAUACAGUAGGCAUUCAAUAAAUGUAUGAGAGAUUCCACUGUCAUUCAGUUACCCUGAAUUCUUUGUUAAAACUUCAAACUACACCACAUAUUUGAUUUUUUGGAAUGGCUUCACCAAAAUCAAAGUAGACCAGAGCAGCCAUUGUUUUAAUCCAAGACCAUCAUUGUAUAAGAUGAAAAGUACGCUUUAAAAUAUUUUGCUUAGGCAGAGAGUUUUGCAGAUAGGGAGAAGAAAAGUGGUAAAUAUUGACCAUAUUCCACUAUAGGAACCUAUCUCAGUUUCAACAGAAAAUAUUUUUGCUGUCUGGACAUCAAGAGAAGAGAUUAAUUUAUACAGGUGAGAGCAACCUGUCUUUUGGAUGAUGAACUAUCUACUCUUUUCUGACACUGUUGAUAGUUCUUUUUUAUAGGGAAAAAGCCACUGGGUGUAUAACUGCUAUCAAGGAAUGGCCUGACCUCUCCACCUGUGGCUGGUGGUAGCUCACUGUUUCGCAGCCUGUUAGGGGAAGUAUCCACAAGAGAUUGCACCUAACAAAAUUCCUGUUGGUUCAAAAUUGAAAUAUUUUUCAGUUGUGUUUCUCUUUCCUUCCUGCCUCAAUGCUGGAGAGAUUAUAAAGCACAAUAAACAAAACCAUGCAAAUAAAAAAGAUACUUUGUAGGCUAUUAAAUUUGUGAUAGAGAAGGAGAAGAGUAGGGAACUUUGAUACUUGAUAUAAACUUAUAUUUUUUAGUGCGUGUUUCUUAAUGCAACUGGAAUAUUUGACCCAGGCAAGUAUCAAUUAAUAUUCUCAGAUUUAUUUAGUGAUAUUAAAAUAACUUCAAUCUUUGAUUUUGAUGCUAAGGGAAAUGUUUUCCUAUUUAGUUAUUAAAAUCCAUAUUGGUUUAAAAGUAUCAGUCUCUGCUGAAUAUAAUUAUUUUAUUUCAAAAGGACUUUAUGCUCCUAAUAUGCUCCAUUCUGAGGCCCAAGAGUUUAAUGAAAGUAUGUUUCCUAAGUUAAAAUACCAUUUGUAGAUGAGAAAAUGUUUGUAUCACAGAAGACUGUAAUAUUAAUAGAGAAGUGUAUAGAUGUAAGAUUUAUCAUAUUUUCUACCCUUUAAAAAAGUUAGCUUAGAAAAGGGCUUAUUUUCUUGCAUUUUGAAAUUUUUCUGUUGAUGAAGGAUGCAGCUUCUAUAGAUUAUUGAUAAUAUUAGGAAGAUUCAUUCAAGUCACAACUAAAUUGUGUGCAUAUUUCCAUAUUCUCAGCCUACAGCUCAUUGUUUUGGUUGCUGUCUUUAGUUAGUUGUUUUGUGACAAACAGAAAUUCAGCAGGGCUUACUUCCUACCCCCACAUCCUAGGGCUGAAAGGAGUGGAAAGGGUAGUUGUCUGGGGCGUUGGUCAGGGAAGGUGGCGACUGGGGUGUCACUGUGAUUAGAGAAGUGAUUGGUAAAAGGAAGAAAAGGGCUUGCCCUGCAGGGGCCCAGUGAACUGGGAUAUAAGUAAGUAAAUCUUGCACAGGCAGCCUGAUGUAACAGAGUACAGACUCAAGAGAUAAUGUUUAAUCAUGCAGAGAACAGCGCUUUGUAGGAAAGCAGCUUUAAGAGGUAUGUGCCCUCAGCUGUUCUUAAGUCUGCACAGUAAUAAAUCAGCAUAUUCUGGCCCGUAGACCUGUCCCAAAUGCUGUGAGCAUGAUCCAGUGCAAAACACCAUGUUGCAGGCACCUUAAACACUGACACAAAUGCCUGUGGGAGCCAGGCAAGUCACUAAAAUGAGUGAAUGUGGGGUGCACACCUACAUGGGGUGUGGGGAGGGCCACUGUGAGCUUUCUAUUUGCAACAUUUGACAGCUGAUUCCAGUUUUUAGAAAAUGUCCAGUAUCAGUUGAGGCCCUGUGGUCCCUCAUUUGCUGUCUCUGGAAUAAUUUGUUGGUAAAUCCCAUUAAGUAGAGGAAAAUAUGCAGUGCCAAAACCGAGCAGAGGAGCUAAAGUGCAUGUCAAACUUGAAAAAUCCAAAAACAAAUUCAGGUUAUCAUCUCCGAACUGGAGUGUUUCCACAGACUUGAAUAAUUUUAUAAAAUUAUCAUACCAGUACUUCUCAUAUCACCAGUGGCCUUUUCCCUGCAUUUGAGGAUUAUCUAUUUGCCUCAAAAAAAACCCCCGUGAUUCUAAUAGAAUAUGUCAAGAUCAGAUAAGCAUAAUUUAUAAAUCAUAAUGAAUAAAGUUGGAUUUGUGCAACUUUUGCGUGUGAUACUCUAAAUGCUUUGUUCAUUUCUUAGCGUGUUUCUAAAUAAUAUAUGCACCGAGAGGAAAAUCAUUAUUAUUGUUGUUUUACAUAGACGUGAAGGACAAAAAAAUGUGGUGACUUGAGCCUAUGAGCUAUCUGAUCUGGAUAGACCAUGGUACCUAGCGUGUGUUUGGCAUCAGCCAGAUCCCCAACUGGCCAACAGCUACCGGCAUCAGCCACAUUGUGUCUAAUGCUCAGCGUGGGCUCAGUGGGCACAGACCAUUUGAUCAUCUAGGAUUUCCUAGUUCUUCACACCCAGUGCUCCAAAUAAUAGUUCCCCUCAGGAGAGAAUGAAACACGCAACAAUGGAAAUCAAACUGAGUUGCACGAAUCACAUGCAAGCUAUGUAUAGAAUUCUUUGCUCAUGUGAGCAUUUUCCAGUAUGCCACAGUUCCUUGAAGCAACAUGUCAGUAAUUGUUUUGUUUUGUUUGGCAUCAGAGGAAAGUUUGGGGGAGGGAAAUUGGACAAUGAGUUCCUCUUGCAGGGAGAGUAACUGGCACGAAGGGCAGGAGUAUGCCUGUGGAGGGCGUGUGGUGGACAGCCGCGAGUAACGCUGCCCUUGGUCAACUGCAGAGCUUUGAGGAAGUCAGGAAGGCCUCGUCCUCAGAGCACAACCGCGGGCCAGAAGUCCACGUAUGUUCGCCUCCUGUGUCCCUCCCCAACAGCAGAGCACUGCCGCCUCACGUGGAGUUGGCCACAUGACA